UCCCCUCCCCUCGCCUCCCCUCCCCUCCCCUCGCCUCCCCUCCUUUCCGCUCUCUUCUCUCCCUGAGGGGGGAGGACACGGAGGCAGGGCAUGCGCACUUUACCAUGCGGAGUUCCCGGCCCCGCGCUCCACCUCCUGGCUGGCAUGCCAGCGCGACAGCUGCGGCCGGAUGCGGCCUCCUUCAACGCCGCCGUGAGCGCGUGCAGCGGCAGCUCCGAGUGGGCGAGGGCCUUGCUGCUCCUCGCGAGGAUGCCGCUCGGCGCUCUCCGGCCAAACGUCAUCACCUACAGCGCCGCGGUGGCUGGCGCCACGGGGGCCCGGUGGCCCCUGGCGCUGCAGCUGCUCGCCGGGAUGCUGCGGGCGGGGCUGCGCCUGGACGUCAAGGCCUACAGCGCGCUCGUCGCGGCGCUCGAGUCCGGCGGGGAGUGGGCACGGGCCCUGGGCCUGCUGGGCCGCGCGCGGCGGGAGGGCCUGCGGCCAGACGUGGUCCUGUGGAACUCGUGCAUCUCCGCCUGCGCGGCGGGGCGGCAGUGGCCCGCCGCCCUGGCGAUGCUCGGCGAGCUGCGGGGCGCCAGGCUGCGGCCGACGGCGGUCUCGUACAACGCCGCCAUGGGCGCCUUCGCCGAGCACGGCGGCUGGCCCGCGGCCCUCGCCCUGCUCGGCGGCAUGCGGCGCGAGGCCGUCCGGGCGGACGCGAUCUCGUACAACGCGCUGAUGCGGGCGUGCGGCAGGGACUGGGAGGGGGCGCUGCACUUCCUGCAAGAGAUGCUGAGCCUCGGGCUCACCCCCACGGUGGUGUCCUACGAGAGCCUGCUCCGGGCCAGCGCGGCGGCCUCGAACCUGUCCGUGGCCGCAAGGGCCUUCCGCCUGUCCGGCCUGCAGACCCGGAGCGAGAGCUGGGUGACCGAGGAGGUCCAGGUCAGCGGCAGGGCGGUGUCUGCCGCCGCUCCUCCCCAAGGAGGCCCCGCGAGAGGCGCGGGCGCCAGCGAGGGGCCGAG